AUGGAUGUUCACAAGGUGGACGAGGCUGAUGAAAAUUGUGAAGUCUCUGCAAUUGUUCAGAAGCUAAACGAGAUUGUGGCAUCGAUAGAAGAGAAUUCCUCGGUCCCCAAAGAUGCCCAGGAGCCUCAAGAACCAGUCGAGGCAACAAAGGAGCUGCUCCUCAAAACUCUUGCCAGCGCUCCCGCUGGAGACGACGCCAAAGUGAAUGAGAUCAAGGCUCAAAUUGAGAGUUUUCAGGAUGAGAAAAUCAACAAGUUGCAGUUACAUGUUAACUCAGCGAUUAAAAAGUAUGAAGAUAUCCUAAACACGCUGGCGCUCUACAACAGUCGCCUGGUCAAGGCUUCCAACUUGAUUUCCGAGCAGGUCUUCAAGAGGACAACACCCAAGGACUACAUUAAACUCAUACAGGUGUGUAGCACGUUUAUACCCCUUGCAAGGGGACACAUGAUGUCUAAAGCACGAGUUUAUGCUCUUGUAGGAAAUGCCUCUGGAGAACACAACAGGCUCAGUUUAUAA